UUCCUGUCGAGGCUACUCUCCGUGUUUUUCUUUUUCUACAUUUUUUCUCGAAGCGCGACAUUGUUGCUAUGUCGGAUGACGAUGACGACCUGGUCCGCUUUGCAUCGAGUCUUUUCUACGCGACCGAAGAGCAAGACAAGGCAGAAGUGGUGCUAAUUCGCUCGGGUGAGCCCAGCAAUGCCUGCCGAGUACGUUGCUACACGGAGGACCUUUCCGGCCAGGCCGGCCUCCGUUAUGCCAGCGUUGAUGAGACUGUAGAGUUUGCAUCUGGUCAGAGCAUGGCCUACGUCAGGGUACCCAUUCUACGGGAUGCUGCAUGGCACACUUGCGAGGAGUUUGCCAUGAGAUUGAGUGAUCCACAAGACUGCAAGAUUCGGGGUGGUGGAUGCCGGGUGAAGAUCAUCGACCAGGACUACUUCCCAGACAACUGUUUACAGCAACACAUUGUGCUGGACGAGUUGGACAUGGUCUCACAUUGGACCUUCACAACGUCCUUUUUGCGCUUAUGCUGGAAGCAGGCUGGAGUUCCAUGGAAAGCCACAGUCUCUGUCCUGAUCUCUCUGAUGCACAAUGCUUACUUUCUUUUGACCAUAUACUUGAAGGUGUACAUCAUCAACGUGCUGCUUGCGAAAGCAGCGGAGGCAGGCCGACAAGAACGAGAAGCUUUUCAUCCCCAUCCCGACAGUCCACCGGAGUAUGAGACGUUGCGGCAAUUGAGGUCCGAAGAAGCCGAGUCUGGUGGCUUGUUGGGGAAUGACUUGCUGGUGCCAGGACACUUCCAAGAAACCGCUGCGAUCAUUGGAGCGUGUUAUGUUGUGCCCUUUGCAGUGCUUCACGUUCUAGAUCUGGUCCGGGCGAAGCUGGGCCUUUCGGGCUCUUUGAAGACGAUGUUGAUGUCAGCGCUCUUCCGCCGCUUCAUGUCCUACAAGUCGGACGUUCGGCAGAACGUGUCGGACGCUGAAAUCUCCAUGAUGUGCGUGAGAGAUAUCCCAGAACUGAUCUCCCAGGGAGUCAUGAGUGGCUUCAAGCUCAUCGAGAUCCUGUGCCAGAUACUGACGACCAUGGUAUUCCUCUUCAUGGAGGAUACACUGGCCAUCGUGCCUUUCGCCGUCUAUCCACUUCUUGCGGGUCUUUGGAUGGGAAUUCGAAGACCUAUCCUGAAAGAGGACAACAAACUGAAAGCAGGUAAUGAUUUGGUGAAAGGCAUCCAGCAAGCUUGCAUGAACUUCAACCUGAUCUUGGACUACCGGAAACGUUCCAAAGCUGUUGAUCGAUUCUCGACGGUUGCGAUGAGCUAUCGGAAGGCCAUGUCUGUCGGCCAUUUGGUAGACAUCAACAACGGCCGCUUCUUCCCAUGGCUGACGACGCUGUCCAUGGCAGCCUAUUGUAUCAUCGGUGUUCAACAGCUCCAAGAAGGGACCACCACCAUUGGAACCUUUGUGGCCACCUUCGGCAUCUUCCAUGAAGUGGGCCACGAGCUGGAAGCAGGCUAUGAGAUCAUGAUUGCAAUGAUGCAAGCCUUCCAUAGUGUGAAGAACCUCACGAAGAUGCUGAACAUGGAGACAGACGAUGUGGAUCGGAUGGCUUCAGUGGAGCUUCGUUUGAGGGUCGGCAUAGAAGAGCGUAGCAAAACACUGAAGCAGCUGACUCACGGUAAGUCAGCAGAGGAAGUGGCAUCGGCCUACCAGAUUGUAGACGACCUCAUAGACAUUCAGCUGUCAAAUCUCACUUAUGUCUUGAAUGAUGGUGGCAAGGACGUAAAGAUCCUGGAUGGGACAAGCAUGCAACUCAAGCAGGGCAAAAUCACCUGCAUUGCUAGUGGUGAGCGCCAGGGAAAGUCAACUGUGCUGCGGAUCAUCGCUGGAGCGUUGAAGCCCACCGAAGGCUAUGUCUUCGUCCCUCCACACCUGCAAGUGCUGCAGGUCGAGGACACGCCGAGCUUCCUUCCACAUAGCCUCAAGUCGAACCUGAUCUUUGGAGUCUCCGAUGACGAUCUCAGCUUGGCCAGCUACGAUCGGGUCAAGGAAAUCUGCAACAAGUUGGAGUUUUCCGACAAGCUGAUGCGUCGUUUGGAGCAGGACUGGAGCGGCCUGAACAAGGAGGAUGACCAUGCCUGGUUGAGUCAGCUCACCUCCACAGAUCAGAUGCAAAUCCAUUUGGCGAGGGCCUUCAUCAGUAAUCCUCACGUGCUGGUCUUGCACAAGCCCUUCAUGCGCUUUUACAACCAAGCGAUGCAAGAGGCAGUUUUGCAAACGCUCAAGGACUUUGUGCAUUUCAGAGGUAUUUGUAUGGCCAACAACAAGCCGGAGGAUGUGCAGCAACGCAGGGCUCGAACGGUGAUCCUGUCCGCAUUUCACUCGAUCGAGAUUCAGAAUUCUGAUGACUUGCUGCUCUUGAGGGACAGAACGCUCUCAAGUGUGACGCCUCAAGAUGUGCUGAAGACAGUGUCCAUGUCACACCCACGGUUGAAGUCUUCCAAGACGAUCACGAAAGAACAAAACUAGCAACAGCUGAGUAUCUUUGCUGUACAUUGCAAUUGAGCUGCGGAUAUUUGAUGGCUAGAAGGAGUCAACCUUUGGAUUUGGUGCUGC